UAUGUUUGGAAAAUCCGCAGCGCGUUAUAUAAACUUUUUGCUACGUGGUCGGGGACCGGUGACGUAUUGUUUAUGUCAUGGUUGACGAAGCUACAAAGAAAACUCUUGCUGCGAUACCACUUCUCAAAACAAGAGCAGGUCCUCUAGAUGGAGACAUGUGGAUACAAAGGCUGAAGGAAGAGUACCAAGCCCUAAUAAAAUACGUGGAAAAUAAUAAGGCUGCAGACAACGAUUGGUUUCGCAUUGAAUCAAACCAACUUGGCACUCGUUGGUAUGGAAAAUGUUGGUAUAUACAAGAUAUGAAGAAGUAUGAGUUCGAUUUGAAUUUCGAUAUACCUGUUUCAUAUCCCAGUACUAACCCAGAACUUGCCUUACCUGAGCUUGAUGGAAAAACAGCGAAAAUGUAUAGGGGCGGUAAAAUAUGCCUAACGGAUCAUUUCAAACCACUAUGGAGUAGGAACGUCCCUAGAUUCGGGAUCGCACAUGCAAUAGCACUUGGUUUGGGUCCUUGGUUGGCCGUAGAAGUACCUGAUUUGAUAUCGAAAGGAAUUGUUAAACACAGAGAUGAUCAGUAAUAUAUGUAUUUCCAUACUUAAUUUAAUAUAAUGAUAUUGUUUUUUUAAUUACGGUA